AUGGCUGUAUGGUGUCGAUCAUUUAGUGCCAAUGCUAAUCGUUACGAUAAAGGUGAUGAUCUUGGUCUUUUAUUAUUAAAACGAUUAAGUGAUGCUGAACGUGAUGGAGAUCGCAUAUAUUGUGGUAUUCGUGAUGUACUUAGUGGCCAUGAUGGAAACGAAGAUAAACUAAUUUUUUUUGUACCAUCAGCUGCUGAAAAAAGACAUUUAUUAGCAAAUAUUUAUUCAAGAAAUAAUUUUGAUACUCGAAAAAUAUUAUUUGUUGAAGCACAUGGUACAAGUACACCUAUAGGUGAUUCAAUUGAAGCUAAUUGUUUAGGUCGAUUUUUUAAUCGAUCAAAUCUUGAUCCACCAUUAUUAUUAGAUUCAAUUAAAAGUAAUUUAGGACAUACAGAAGGUGCAGCUGGUGUUGCAUUACUUAUUAAAGUUGCUAUGUGUAUGUAUCAUCGUGGUAUUACAGCAAAUAUGCAAUUUACUUCACUUAAUCCAAAAAUAGAUGCACAAAAAUAUAAUUUACAUGUUUUUCAAAAUUUUAUACCAUUUCCAUCCAUUCCAAAUAAUGAAAAAAUAGCUAUAGGUGUUAAUUCAUUUGGAAUGGGUGGUGUAACGACACAUGCUAUUAUUGAAAAAUAUCAACCAAAUAAAACAUCAAUUAUUAAUGGUCAUAUCGAUGAAAAUCAUAUUCAAAGCAAACAAAAGUUUAUUUUUAUUUUUUCAAAACAAAUUAAUGCUUUUCUUACUGAACAGAUAUCACCAGUCCUUUCAAUUACAUCACGUCUAACAAAACCAUUAGCACAAAAAAUAUGUUUUGUUUUUAGUAGACAAAGUCAACAAUGGUGGUCUAUGGGUGGACAAUUAUAUGAAAGUGAACCUUUAUUUAAUAAAUGGAUUCAUUUAAUUGAUGGAGAAAUGACAAAAAUUAAUAAGGAAUCUCGUAUUAAUGAUACAAAUAUUGUUCAACCAAUAUUAUUUGCUAUACAAGUUGCAUUAUCAGCUUUACUUGUUUCAUGGAAUAUUUAUCCAUCAUUAAUUAUAUCAUAUAGUGCUGGUGAUCAAGCAACUGCUUUUGUUGCUGGUUGUUUAAAUUUAGAAGAAGCUGUUCGUAUUGAACAUUUGGCUUGUAUUGCUGUUGUUGUUAAUAGUCUUCGUCUAGUAACAAUAAGUAGUGAUGAAAUACAACAAAUACUUUCAAUCUCUUAUCCAAAUGUAUUCAAAGCAUGUGUUCGUAUUGAAAAUGUAUUUCAUUCAUAUCAAAUGAAUCGAUUUGAUAUUGAAAAAGAAAUGCUUUCAUCCUUGAAAGAUAUUCGAGGACUUCCAAUACAAGAUCAAAAGCAAAACUUUAUUCAAUCAAAUGUAAGACAAACUGUUCGAUUUUAUGAUGCUAUAGCAGCAAUUAUAAAAGAUGAAGCAGCAAAUGUUUUUCUUGAAAUUUCACCACAUCCAGUUUUAGCUACAUCUAUUCGUGAAUGUUAUUCAUCUAUACAACGUUUAGCUAAUCGUCUGCGUGCUCAUCCAUUACUUGGUAUUCGUCAAUUAAAUGAACAAACAAGUGCAACAUGGAAAAGUCUUAUUAAUAUUAAUUUAACACAACAUGCUUUUUCAAAAGAUCAUAAAAUUCAAGAUGCAGUUCUUUUCCCGGCUGUUGCUUAUCUUGAACUUGCAACAACUGCUUGUCAUCAAUUACUUUCCCCAAAAGAAGAUGAUCAACAACAACUAACACUUGUUUUUGAAGACGUAAACUAUAAUAAAGCACUUAUUCCUAAUGAACAUGAAUUGAUGGAAUCAUUAAAUGAAUUUACUUUACAUGCUCAAGGUAAAAUUGAAACUGAUUCUAAACAACAAAAAUCAUUAACAGUACCUGAUAGAUGGACCAUACAAGAUAUAACAAGUGCUUAUCAAUAUGGAUCUAGUUUUCAAAAAAUAAAAACAUUACAUGGUACUUCAACUACAAUUAUAUCUCAAUUAUCAAAUGAUAAUAAUAAUUGUUCAUCUUAUUAUUUACUGCAUCCAUAUCUAGUUCUAUUACCAGGUGUUGAAACAACAUUUCUUCCAGUACGUAUUCUAAAAUUUAUUUAUUCAAGAAAAACAAAAACGAAUCAGUCAACAAAUAUCGAAGUAUGUGAAAACUAUUAUGAUAAUAUAUGUGGUAUAGGCCAAGAAGAAAUAUAUAGUCUUAAUUUAUGGAUAUUUCCAAUGGAUAAUGAAACCGAAGAACCAAUAUUUACAUUUGAAGGUGCUGUUAUUCAACAAGUUCAAGGUGCACAUUCUGAUCGAUGGUCAAUGGAACAAAUAAUUUAUGAUAAAUUAAAUCUAACAACUGAUUUACCUAAUACUGAUCAUAAAACAUAUUUAGAUACAAUUAUAAAAGAUAUAUCACAUUUACUUCCAUCACCUAAUCAAAUUCUUAAUAAUGAACUUAAUUCUAAUAGUAAUCAAGAUUUAAUUGAAUCAAUAGAACCAUUUAAUGAAUUAGCUGUUUAUUAUGCUCAAAUGGCAAUUAAAAAUCCUGAUUUAAAUCAACAACAUCAUCCAUUAUUAAAUACAUGUCGUUCUCUUGCUUCAACUUUACAUGAAGAAGUAACAUGGAAUUCAACAAAACUUCGUGUUAUUCAAUUAUUUCAACGUUUUCCUCGUUUAAAACCAUUUUUAAUAAUAUUAAAUAAACAUGGUUUACAUUUAAAAGAUAUUCUUAAUGAAGAAAAAAAUGGAUUAGAUAUAUUUCUUAGUGAUGAUGAUGAAAUUGGAGAAACUUUUCAACAAAUUAAAACUCUUCUAAGUGCAACUAAAACACAACAAACGAAAGAUGAUAAUUCAUGUGAAAAUUAUCGAUUACGUAUAUUUUGGUUAACUGAUAAUGACUAUUCAGAUAUUUUACCUAUUCUUGAUAUUUUUAUUAAUUGA